AUGUCAGAGGAUAUGACAAAACUAUUCCAGAUGAUGAAAUUGGAACUCGAUAAACAAACUGCAACGAUUACUCAGAGUGUAACCGACAGUAUCAUGCGCAAUAUAGACGACAAAAUAAAACCAAUAUUGGAAGAAAAUAAGUAUCUUAAGAACGAGGUACAGAAGUUGAAUGACAAAGCAAGAUACUUAGAAAACAAAGGUAAGAAAAAUAACCUGAUUCUACACGGCAUAAAAGAAAUAGAAAAUAAUCGACAAGAACUGUUUAAUUUAAUAAAAGAAAUCAUGAAAGGUUUACAUGUUGAUAUCAACUCCUAUGAGAUAAAUAACUACUAUAGACUAGGAAAGAAGCAUGAUGAGGAAAAAAUAAAUGCUCCUACAGAAACAGCAAAGAAAGAGACUAAAAACGAAUUCUACAAAAGCUUAAAUGAAAUAAUGGAGAAUUUAUACAAAACCAUUAUUGUAAUGGGAGAUUUUAAUAGCCAAAUUGAUUAUAACAAAGCAUUUGACUCGCUAAAACAUCAGAAAAUAUGGGAAGCGCUUGCUUUACAAGGAGUCCAUAAUAAGUACAUCCGUCUAUUGAAAAACAUAUACGAAAACAUGAAAGCAAGAAUACGGACAGAAAAGCUAGGAGAACACUUUCACAUCAAAAAAGGAGUUAGACAGGGAGACCCCCUUUCACCCAAACUUUUCUCUGCAACCCUAGAACAUGUGUUUCGUCAGCUCGAAUGGGACGAUUACGGUAUUAAUAUUAAUGGAGUGUUACUAAAUCAUCUGAGAUUUGCCGACGACCUCAUACUUAUAAGCGAAAAUCCAGAAACUUUACAAAAAAUUAUUGAGCAACUUGUAUGUGAAAGUGAAAAAGUUGGACUAUCAUUGAACACAAACAAAACAAAGCUGAUGACAAACUACAAAAAAGUCCCUAUCAAACCUUACAACACAGCUAAAUUAGAAUAUGUAAAUGAGUAUACAUACCUCGGCCAAAUCAUAUCCCCCAAAGACCUCACAGCAAAAGAAAUCAGUAACAGAAUAAAUAUAGGAUGGAAAAGGUACUGGGCAUUAAAAGAUGUCAUGAAGAAUUCAGAAAUACCUGUUAAGGCAAAGAAGAAAAUAUUUAAUACAUGCAUUCUUCCAAAUAUGGAUUUAGCUAUGGAGGACUUCGAAUUUACGCAGGAUGAAUGGAAGCAAAUCAACGCGUUAGAAAUUUCUUUUUCGAGCGCUUCUAUAAACAAUGACGCUCUCGUAGAAUCGGAUAGUGAACCCAUGCAAUUUCCGAAAAAGAAAAGACGUUUGGUUAUCGCAAGUGAUAGUGAUAGUGACAGUGAGUCGGCUGAAAAUUUUGUUGCCGCCAAUAUAUCGCAAAAUGACCGUAUUUCCUCAAAAUGGUCGAGGCCAAAAAGACGACAGCCAUCAGUGAUUCCUUUCACCGAGUUCGAGGGUAUGAAACCUCCAUAUUCUAAUUUGCUGAAAGAAGCUGGCCCUGACCAGUAUUAUGAUCUAUUGGUGCCUGAAGAAAUUCUUGAAAUGAUUGCUGAGCAGACAAAUUUGUUCGCAAGUCAAAACAUCACAGCCAGGCAAACAAAGCCUGGAUCAAGGUCUCAUUCAUGGAAGCCAACAAACAAGACAGAAAUAAAACAGUUUCUUGGGCUGGUCUUGUUUAUGGGCGUAGUAAAGCUGCCGAAAUUAGCUUAUUAUUGGAGCAAAGACAAGAUACUUGGACAAACUUUUCCAGCCACCGUUAUGAGUAGGAACCGCUUCGAGUUACUACUGCAAUACCUACACUUUAGCUACAAUUUAUCUGUCGACAGAAACGAUCGUAUUGCCAAAAUAAGACCUUUAAUCGAUGCUCUCAAUGCUACUUUCCAGAAAUAUUAUUCGCCUAAAGAAGAUGUUUGUGUGGAUGAAAGCCAAGUACCUUUCAGAGGUCGAAUAAUAUUCAGGCAAUACAAUAAAAGUAAGCGACACAAGUAUGGCAUGAAGCUAUUUAAGUUAUGUACUGUUCCCGGAUAUACUUGCAAACUUAAUUUGUAUAGUGGGAAAAACAUUGACGCAAUAAAUACUACGCCAACAAAUGUGGUGAUGGCACUAUGUGAAAAUAUAUUUGACAAAGGACACACGCUAGCAACUGAUAAUUGGUACACUAGCUUGCAACUGGCUUAUCGGUUAUUGGAGAAGCAAACCCAUUUAAUUGGCACAUUGCGAAAAAACAGAAGAGGAUUGCCUAAGGCUGUUGUUGAUUCGAAACUGCAAAAAGGUGAAACAAUGGCUAUGGAGAAUGAAGAUGGAGUAACAGUGCUUAAAUGGAAAGAUAAGAGGGACGUGCUUAUGCUGUCGACAAAGCAUUCCGACAAAAUUGCUGUGGUGGUGAAAAAAGGCAAACAGAUUCGUAAACCAAAAGUUAUUUUGGAUUAUAAUAAAUCGAAAGGGUCUGUAGACAUGAGUGACCAGAUGGGUGCCUAUUCUUCGCCAUUGCGGAAAACCGUAAAAUGGUAUAGAAAAUUGGCAAUAGAACUACUUCUAAAUACGGCAGUUGUAAAUGCUUGGGUCAUGUACAAUGAAAAUAAGCAGAGCAAAUCUUCAAUUGUCGACUUUAGGAGGGCUCUCAUAAAUUAUUUGACUCGGCCAGCAGAUUCCCAAGAAAUAAUUAUCAAUGAAAGACCUAAAAGACUCAAGCAUGUUCUAAAAUUAAAGGAAGGAAAAGUAAGAGACACGCGUCGUUUUUGCGUGAAAUGUUAUAAAGAUUCAGUACAGGAAUUUGGUCGUAAAGUAGCUAAGAAUAAAGCUAAGAAACGCAUUUUAGGAUCGUUCCACUCGACGGUCGGCGUGACACUGAAGGCAAAACAGUGCUUAAUAUGA